AUGGUUAAGAAGAACCUCAGUAAGAGGGCCCUGCAGAUCGGUCCUACACUGCCUGGUCCUGCACUCAGUCGACCCCCUAAUUCCCUGGUUCUGCAAACCGGUCAGUUCCUUCAAUUUGACGACGCGCAACUUUUGGUAGUCGUCUUCCUGCAUGGCCUGGGCAGCGAUGGUAAUGACAUGAAGCAGUUGCUGACUACGGUCUUACUGAAGAAGCCGGAUCUGCAUGAUCAAACGGUGGUCCUCUGCCCGAACGCGGGACUGAGGCCUAUAUCGUGGGUGAAUGGGCAAGCCAUGACCGCUUGGGGCGACAUAUUUACCUUGGGCCCCGAAGGAAAGGACGACUGGGAAGGGUUUGAAGAGAGCCGCAAAAUGGUGGAAGGCCUGAUCGAUCAAACACUCAAAGAGAACCCAACCAUUAGCAAUAUUGUCAUUGGAGGCUUCUCCCAAGGCGGAGCACUGAGUUACCACAUUGCGCUACAAUCCACUCGGAAACUAGCGGGCCUCAUCGUCAUGAGCGGCUGGGUACCUGCAAGGAUGACGCCGCUCGGCGCAAACGUCACAGACAUUGCCAGGUCCACCAAAAUCCUCCACUGUCAUGGCAAGACUGACUUUGUGGUACGAUGGAGUCCGUUGAAUGGCCAGAUGCUGGACCAAAUGGGGGUGAAGAAUUACGACAUCAAGCUGUACGAAAAUUGCGCCCACGAAGUCUGCACCGAAGAGAUUGCGGAUAUUAUGCAGUUCCUAACCGCGAAUUUAUAG